AUGCCCUCUUGGCCCAACCACACUCAGUGCCUCUCCGUCAGUAACAGCAGCGGGGAGAACUACAACAGCACAUGCGACUUUCCUACUCUGAGUUUACACUCCACCCCGCUCCUCACGGCCACCACAGUCGCGUGCUCGCUGCUCUUUCUAGUUGGAGUAGCGGGGAACGUAAUGACUAUUCUGGUGGUGAGUAAAUACAGAGACAUGCGGACCACCACCAACUUGUACCUGUGUAGUAUGGCGGUGUCGGACCUGGUCAUCCUUCUGUGCAUGCCUCUGGACUUGUACCGGAUGUGGAGGUACAGACCGUGGCGCUUUGGAGACGCGCUUUGUAAACUCUUUAAUUUUGUGUCCGAGUUGUGUACAUAUUCUACUAUUCUCAGCAUCACCGCUCUCUCCGUGGAGCGCUACUUGGCGAUCUGUUUUCCAUUACGCGCCAAGGCUCUGGUCACCAAAAAACGUGUGCGCGCGCUGAUCCUUGUUCUAUGGACCGUUUCUAUGAUGAGCGCGGGACCCGUGUUUGUUGUGGUGGGGGUAGAACGGGACAACAGGACCGACAUGGACCCGGAGGACACGCGCGAGUGUAAAAUGACGCAAUACGCACUGGAUUCGGGGCUGGUGGGCGCAAUGAUGUGGCUCAGCUCCGCGUUCUUUGUCAUGCCCGUGUUCUGCCUCACGGUUCUUUACAGCCUCAUUGGCCGAAAACUGUGGCAAAGACACCGGGAGACCUGCAUGAGCUCCCGGAUCGCGCACAGGGAACGGAGCAACAGGCAGACAAUCAAGAUGUUGGUGGUUGUGGUCUUCGCCUUCGUCCUGUGCUGGCUCCCUUUCCACGUUGGCCGGUACCUGCAGUUCCGCUCUCUGAAUACCCAGUCCCAGCUCCUGUCCACUCUGUCUGGAUACUGCAGCCUGGUGUCUGUGGUCCUCUUUUACCUGAGCGCCGCCAUUAACCCCAUCCUCUACAACACCAUGUCCUGGAAGUAUAGAAGGGCGGCCGCUCGACUCUUCGGACUCACGGACAAUAACCAGCCUCACAGAUGUCGCACGGCCAGCAACUUAAAGGGACAGUGUUCAAACAUCUGGAAUGAGUCCACGGCUAGCUUUUAA